AUGGAAUCAGAAGAUGAAAAGACUGAUGUACCCCAUGUGAUGUUUUCUGUAUUUGAUAAGAAUCGUGAUGGUACAAUCGAUUUCAGUGAAUUUGUGUUAAUUAUUGCCAUGGGAAAUAAAGAGGAUUUGGAUAGUAGACUCGAACUUGUGUUCGAAAUACUAGAUACGUCAAACGAUGGACGAAUUAGUUACGACGAGAUGAUGGACUUCUUGGAGACAACUAAAAAAUACCAAGCUACUGACUCGGUAACCAAUUUUGUCCCAGAGACAGUCGCUAAAGAGAUGUUUGCCAUGUUUGAUCUCAAUAACGAACAGAAAAUAAGCAAGCAACAAUUUGUGGAAGGGUGCAAAAAAAAUAAGGAUCUUAGCGACUUCUUUGACAGUUGGUAA